AUGUUGCCUCACCUCUUGAUCAUGUUAAUUGCCCUUCUGGGCCAGGCCAUGGCUUGGUCAAACCUGCCCUUCACGAAGCGUCAAGUCACAGGCACUGGCCCAGUCUUGACGGAUAUCAUUGACAAAGAGACCCGUCAGGAGCACAUGAUGCGUGCUGACUGCGCGUGGGCCCAAGUCCACACGCCCAUGAGCCACGCCGAAUGCAUCUCGGAGUACCACACAGAUGGCGACAAGGUGUCUGCGUUAUCGGGGACCGGCCAAAACCCCAGUCAAUGGGCUGAUGAGAUCAUUCUCAAAAUCAAGACUCAGUGCGAUGGCAAAGUUGCUGGAGCAUGCGUCCAGGAGACUUCUCGCAAUUUGACCGAUCUGGGGCGCAGGACAUACGCCGUCGACCAGUUUACAGGAAAGGCGCAAGCCAACGAAGGUGUGGUAUUGGAAUUUGAUAAAACCGCGGGUCCUUGGUGGUUCUCCCCUUGCGAAAAAAGGCCGGACGACGCAUGGCACAGGUGCGUGACCGAGGGUAUUCGACUUGCAACCUGCUACCAAGUCAGCUUCGCAAACGGACUUGCCUGUCGGAAGAAGGGCUACUACGGGGACAAUUCUCUGCCAGCGAACUCCCAGUCCUAUGGGCACCCGGUUCUCGAGGCUUAUGAUGACAACCUCGCCGGGCCUGGAAUUUAG